CUUCAUAGGAAGUGGCUUGCACCUGCAGGGAAUGGAACUUUUGGAGGCUGGCUAAAGUUUGCUCUUUUGCCAUUGUCUUAUGGGGAUCUCCCUUUAAGAGAGAGGAGAAGAUCGCCAAGGUCCAGGUUUUGUUCUUAUCCCUUUCAAUGGAGAGUGACUGUACAGAUCAAUAAUGAGGACCAGCCCUCGCAGGCCCUUAAUUCUCAAAAGACGGAAACUGACCCUCCCACAGAAGGAUACAUCCAGUACUUCAGCAAGAGAUGAGAACGGUGGUCAGGAUGAAAAGACUCCUAAGCAGGAGCACAGCCAGGAAGACCGACACAACAGCCAACAUAGAGAAAAAACUGAAUGUGGCCUGCAGAAAUUCCCAGCAGGAAUAAAAAUAAUUGACCAUCCUACAAUGCCCAACACACAGGUGGUGGCCAUCCCUACAAAUGCUGAUAUCCAGAGCAUCAUAGAGGCACUGACAGCAAAGGGAAAAGAAUGUGGCAACAACGGGCCAAAUAAGUUCAUUCUCAUUAGCAGUGGGGGCACAUCCUGUUCAGCAGGUCCAACGCCAUCACAGCAUCUCCCAUUACAGAUGAAACCCAGUGCAGCAACUAAGGCUGCAGGUGGUCAAGAAAGAGAGAACAGUACACAGACACCUGGUCUUGCAGGAGGAACAACACUCUGGCAUUCAGGAAUUGAUUCUGUGGUUGGACAGGAACAGGAGAGUAACAGCAGUGGCGAGACAAUGAGCUCUGUGUUGGACAACAGUCUCACUAACAUCCAGUGGCUGGGGAAGAUGAGAUCUGAUGGGCUAAGUCCCUGUUCUGUGAAGCAAGAAAGAGAGAAAGAGAACCAGAGGCCUCUGCAGGAAAGAAUCAAGACAGAAGAUGAUUCUGCUGCUGUUCCUACCACUGCUGCCACCGCCUCCUCAUGGCAGGAUUCAGUAUCAGAAAGACCUCCUUACUCUUACAUGGCCAUGAUCCAGUUUGCCAUCAACAGCACUGAGAAGAAGCGUAUGACUCUGAAGGACAUCUAUACCUGGAUUGAAGAUCACUUCCCAUAUUUUAAACACGUGGCUAAGCCAGGUUGGAAGAACUCCAUUCGGCACAACCUGUCCCUUCAUGAUAUGUUUGUCCGUGAGACAUCUGCUAACGGUAAAAUCUCGUUCUGGACUAUUCACCCUGAUGCAAAUCGUUGCCUAACAUUGGACCAGGUAUUUAAGCCACUGGACUUGGGGUCACCAACAUCGCCUGAGCACUCUGAAUCACAGCAAAAGCGACAUCUUCCAGAUCCCCAGAAGAAUACAGGAAGCAACAGCAGCAGCAAAACUGAACCCCAGAAUGCACGCCGAAAGAUGAAACCUUUGCUUCCUCGCAUCAACUCCUACCUGGUUCCGAUCCAGUUUCCUUUGAGUCAGCCUCUUGUCUUGCAGCCUUCUAUGAAGGUUCCCCUAUCCAUGGCACAGGGAGCAUCUCUCAACAGCUCAGAGACUUUCCGGAGCAAUAAGCGUGUGCGCAUUGCUCCAAAGAUGUCACUCUCUGCAGACGAGUCAUCCUCUUUACCUCCGGCUGCUGUCAAGGAGGAGAGUCAAUGUGAUGAAGGUUUAUUUUCCCCAACCCAUUCCCUAAAGGAGAGCAGCUCCCAGCCUGGUGAGGAAUCAGUUUCUUUCCCUGAAAGUGUCUGUAUAAAGGAGGAAGAAGGCUCUCAGCUGGAUGACUGGCUGUCCCCAUUUGCCUCAACCCUAACAGUAAAGGAAGAGCCAGGCUUGUUCCCCUCAGUCUCAUCCACAAAGGAGAAGAAACAAUUCACCAUACUGAAGUCGCCAUCUAAGGGUGUUUCUGACACGUUAGUUAUAAAGAGGCGGGAAAGGCGGGAAAUGGGCAGAUCCAGAAGGAAACAACACCUAGCGCUGCCUUGCUCAGAAGAGCCCGUCCUUGUUUUGCCAGAAAGCAAUGGCUUUCACCCUUUCCGAUUAGGGGCAGACCACCCCUUCCUGCAGGAAAGCCAGCCUCUUGAGAAUGCAUCACAGCUCAGCUGCUUGCAGGGAGAAGAGGGGCCCUUCAAAACACCGGUCAAGGAGAUGUUCAGCAAAUUGCCAGUUUCUUCCACUCCCAGCAAAGACUCAGCAACAACUACUCCCCCACUAGGGGGCCUUGACCAGUGGAAAUCUGCAUCCUUAGCCAAGGGAAGUCAAGAGCUGGACUUCAGUCCGGUGAGAACCCUUCAGUUGCCAUUCACACCUGUCCAGGAGAACCAGGAUUUGCUGGGUUUUAACAGCACACCCCUUAAAAAUCCCAUCUUUGAGUCCCCUCGGGAACUGCUCAAUACAGAAUCCAGUGGCAUGGUGCAUGCCCCCCUCACGAGCUCUCCAGCUUUUAUUUCUGAGUCUACUAAGCAAUCAUCUAUUGAACUACCAAACUCUGGCUUUACUGAAAACCGGUCACUCAUGGAGGGCCUGAUCCUGGACACCAUGAAUGACAGUCUGAGCAAAAUCCUUCUGGAUAUCAGCUUUCCUGGUCUUGAAGAUGAAAACUUAGGAACAGACAUUAGUUGGUCUCAGCUCAUACCUGAACUGAAGUAAACUGGCCUGAGGACUGAAUUUUACUUGUUCUGGUAUCACAGAAAGCACUCUACUAUUUUGAGAUCUUUCCAUGUAAUCUAGGAAGACUGUCUGUUUUUGACUAAUUCCUGCAUUCGUGGGAACAGAAGGCAUUAUUGUCUCCUGCUAAGCUGGGAGACAGGCCCACUGGCUGCUAUGAGCUCCCUUUAUACGCUGCGAUAGACUUUAUGUGCAACAAGAUAGAACCUUUCUAACCCCAUCCUAGAAAUGAGAGUCCCUGGAGAGAGGUUAUCAAGACAACAUCUAGGUAGGCCCUGAAUGCCACUUGCUACUCAAGCUGUUGGAGGAAAUGGAUGCACUCCUCGGUUAUGUACAAUAGGAAAGAGCCUGGGAACCUACUCCUAGCUCUGUCCUUACUUCCUUUUAAUCUGUUCUCCUAUUAUUUAGUGUCUUCUGUGUGGUUUUAAUGGCUGUAAAUACUGUACAUUCCUUAAAUUAGCCCUUAAUUAUAAUAAUAUUUUUAUUCUUGGGCUGGUAAAGGGUUUGACUUAAGAGUGUUGUCCAUAUGUUUCACACUUCUUCUAUUCUUCUACCCUAGAUGAGAGCCCAAAAUGCAUUUGUGGGGUUUUUUUUUUUCUUCUACUUCAGAAACACAUUGGUCUAGGCUGUUGUGAAGGUUGCUGCGGCAAAUAUCGGAAAAAUCACCUAUAUGUGACUCAAGUUAAACUGAUACACGUUGCUAUCUGGAAUGCAGCAUAGAAUCUUGGUUUGGCUUCUUUUUCCCAGACCAGAAUGGAGAGCUUGAAUCAAGCUGCAUUUUGUUUCCAUAUACCUAUUAUUAUGCGCUUAGAGGAUUAGGUAGGGUCACUGUUGCAAUAGGAUGGACUUCUAUUCAAUGGUUAAAGCUGCCCUCAUCACAAUCAUCAGUUGAAAAUGUAAAGAAGAACCUAUAAACUGAAUGCUGAUAUUUCCACUGAAAGGUGACCUCUGGAAACAUAAGGCAUGUUUCUCUAGGUGCAAUAGGCCAACUCAUCCUCAUUCUCUAGAAUUCAUGUCAAAAGAAGAAAUUGCCAUGGAAAAGACCUUCUGCUUACACACAAAU